AUGGUCCAGGUUGAAACUUUCAAUGACAAAAAGAAUUAUAUCGCGGAGUACGAAGCAUUCAAUAUCGAUGACGAAGCCAAUCUUUAUACUCUACACGUCUACGGGUACUCAGGCAACGCAGGGGACGGACUCGGAACUCACAACGGCCUUCCUUUCAGCACCAAGGAUAAAGACAACGACAAAAGUUUCGGUUUUUGUGGCGACAUCUAUGGUGGAUGGUGGUAUCACGACUGUCGUCUGGCAGAUCUGAACGGUUGGAUGGAAUGGUUCACCGGAAACAAAUGGCUUUUCUUGGAUCGCACCGAGAUGAAAAUUAAACCUGCUUCUGUAAAUUAG